UUAUGUGAAUGAACAGCAGGUCUUCCUGCCAAUGAAUUGUUUUUGUACUUGUUCUGUUCCGCCUGUUCCUUGUAAUGACAGAAGGAAUUCUGUGGCCACGCCUCUGUUUUAGGAUGUGACUACAGACGACUAAGCGCAAACAUUGUCUACAGGAAAAUAACGAAUAACUAAGAUUCCACCUAAUUCCUGACUGUUUAUUUGGACCCAGAUUUUUGUUUGAGCUUCAUCACAGCACCAUGUGGACAGCACCUGUUACGAUUGUCUUCUUCUCGCUGCUAAAAGUGUUGAUGUGUAUUGAGGUGAAGGUCCCACAGCAAACCUACACCAUUGUGCCAUUGUCCUCUGUGACCCUCCGAUGUGAUUACACCACAUCCGCUAAUAUUAACGAUGUUAUCGUUACCUGGAGGUACAAAUCCUUCUGCAAGCCUACUGUUCUGGAGAAUAACUUAAUAUUGGAGGAGAUAGGCUUAUAUCUUGGAGAGGACCGAUUCAAUGACUGUCCAGACAGUGAGAGGACAGUGCACCCUGUCAUCCAAAAGAUUGGAAGGAAUAAGCCUGUGCUGGGUAAAAACUACUUUGGCCGCAAGUUUACCAUUGAAAACAAGGCAGACUUGGUGAUGAGUGAGGUCAAGCUGUUGGAUGCUGGAGUGUACUUCUGCUCUGUGGAUGCAGCUGGAGAUUUCACCGGAGACAACGACAAAAAAGUCAAACUCUUCGUCAAACCUGAGGAACAAAGUGCAACCACAGAAAAACUACAGAUAAGACAACUAUAAUUAUACGUACUACAGUGAAUUACAGACUACUGCUUAGACAAAGCGACCAAUUUAAAGGUGUCUGUCAUGGAUGACUUUUGCUUAUUUUCUGAUCGAUUCUGGACUAAAUAAAUGAUCCUACUGUUAAUCACUGAAAAAAAAAAUUAAAAAGGGAAUUUCAAAUAAAGGCCCAUUGAAAUACUUUAUCAAACAGGCCCUCAAAAUAUUAUUAUUGCUUUAAUCAACAUAAAACAUAUUGUGUCUGGAGGUGUGUCAGUUCCCAUCAUGCAAUGGGACAGUGUUGUGGUAAAGAGAAACAUUCCCAUUAUGUAUCAUGUUUCCAUAGAGUGUCACAUGACCACUGCAUCUCACCAAAUGUGAUUUUUUUUUUAGGAUGUGGACACAUCGCAGAACAACGUUGAGGUGUCACUCCUCACGUUUCCUCCUACUUAAAGCUGCAAUCUACUGAACGUAACAACUUUCUAGUUCUGUUGUGGUUACUGUGGUUAUAGACAAAGCAGCUUUAAUUUAUAUUAUAAUUUUCAUGUCUUAAUCGAUGGCAUUUGAUUUCAGACACAACACACAUUUUUUUCAAUUUAUAACACAAGAACCAGUUUAGGUCAUGAUUAGGGUUAGGUUAAGGUGAGGUUAGGGUUAGCUCGACAACCGGCCCUGAACUGGGCCAGACACUGGCCUCUCUCUCCUAGUCUGUGAUUGGUUGGCAGCCGAGAUGCUGACGUCAGCCCAUGCGUCUGCCUCACGUUGAUGUGGUGCGAGCGCUGCUCUCCUAUUGGUCGUUUAGGAGUGGGAAAUCUCACUCCAAAAUGGAAGCCAGUAUCCGACUCAAUUCAUAGCCGGGCCGGUUGUUGGGCUAACAAACACUUGUGUUAUUGGGCAGACACUAGUCACGUGGUUAUGUGAUGUUCAUUGGUUGUCAUGUUACUCUGGAAGUGACACAAGGUUCAAGAAAGAUGCCUUUUUUGAUCGUGCUGUUUGUUCGUAGUAAUCAUUGGAAUGGGCUCUAAGUGUCUCAUACAUAUUGUUGUUUGUGUUGAUGUUUGUUUCUUUUUAGUGUAUACUAUUUGAUAUUUUGUGUGUUUUGAUUGAUUUUAACUUCUUAAUUGAUAGUGUGCCAAACGACCAAAAGACGACUAAAGUAAGAAUUUCAUUGUAUGAUGCAACACAAUGUUUUCACUGUGCAUAUGACAGGAAAAGACUCUUGUCUCCUGAAUGAUUUGUACAAGCUGUUCCAGUUAGCACUGUAUAAUCAUAGUCAUGACAAUGUCAACCUGUGUUACUAUAUAAUUGUGAAAGGACAGAAUAAACUGUCCGUAUUAAAAUGAUUAUGUGCGCG